AUUGCCGUUCGCAGUUUGUUGAAGAAUAAAGUGGUGUCUGCGGAGUGUUGAGGGUGAAACCGGCGUAAAGAAAACAUACAGCUAAGAUUUUUUUCCACACAUCCUCACUUGUCGGUGAUUAGCUAACAAGUAAAUUUCGCAUACAAGAUUUAAUUUUUGCCUCCGCGCCUAGUGAGUUGUGUCGUCGGUUAGCCACUUAACUUUAGCCUGCAAAGCUAACGUGCGCUAGCUAGUUAGCGGAGGAAACUAGCAAUAUUUUUCCAACACUCUGUGAAAGCAGCUGUAUCUUAACAACAGUUUGAGCUACAACUACUGUAACCUGUCGAAGAAAUAAUGGGAUCGUCCAAGAAACAUAAGGAAAAGAGCCGUGAUAAAGACACGGAAGAGCGCCGUCGCGAACAUAAGAAACAUCGCCACAAGGACCGAGACCGAGAUGCUUCAGAUCGGGAUGGGACUCGGGAUAAAGAGAAACGAAAACGCUCCAGGUCCAGGGAAAGAAGCGGACGGGAGAGCCGUAGCAAAGGUGACAGGAGCAGCGGGGAGCCACGAGUGAAGAAGGAGAAAGUUGAUACUGGAUAUGAAGAGGGUAAUACAGAAGUGGCGCCUCAGUCAGCAAGCGGAGAUGCAUCUCUCAGCAUUGAGGAGACAAACAAACUCAGAGCCAAGCUGGGUCUGAAGCCUCUGGAAUUAAAUGAGAACAAGAAGGAGCUUGGGACCAAAGAGGAACCAAUGGUGGCUGAGACCAUCAACCCUGUUCUCAUCCAGCAGCAGAAAGAGAUGAGAGAGAAGCUUGCAGCUAUGAAAGAAAAACGCAUCCUGAACCAGAAACUGGGAAAAGUCAAGACCCUAGCGGAAGAUGACUGGCUAGAUGACACAUCUGCUUGGGUUGAGAAGAGCAGGAAGAUGGCAAAAGAAAAAGAAAUGGCAGAGAAAAGAGCCAAACUUCUGGAAGAGAUGGAUGAGGAGUUUGGUGUCAGCAGUCUGGUAGAGGAGGAGUUUGCACAAAGCAAAAAGGAUGCCUACACAUCUCAAGAUCUAAAGGGACUCAAAGUGCAGCACAAGGUGGAUUCCUUCAGUGAAGGCCAGACUGUCAUCCUGACCCUACAAGACAAAGGUGUACUUGAAGAGGAGGAAGAUGUGCUCGUAAAUGUGGGUCUGGUGGACAAGGAAAAGGCUGAGAAGAAUGUCGAGUUAAAAAAGAAAAAGCCAGAUUACAAGCCCUAUGAAGAAGAGGAGAGUGUGGAUGACAUGGUUAUGUUUAAGCCUCACUCCGUCCUGUCAAAGUAUGAUGAGGAGAUUGAGGGUGAAAAGAAAAAGAGUUUCCGGUUGAAUACAGGGGGCUUUGCUGAUGGGGAGCGAGAGCGGGAGCUUCAGGCCAUGAGAGAGGCUCUGCGAAAUCAGGCCCAGUCCUUGGAAAUGCCCGCUCUCACCAUCGCCUCUGAGUAUUACACGCCUCAGGAAAUGGUGAGCUUUAAAAAGACAAAACGCCGUGUGAAGAAGAUCAGGAAGAAGGAGAAGCAGACAGCUGUGGAGGAACUCCUGAUUGAUGACACUCGCAGCUCUGAUUUUGGCUCCAGGACACGUGGUCGAGGCCGCAAGCAGGUGGAUGAAGAUGGAGAAGAAAUAAAGGAGGUGGAGGAGAGCAAAUUGCCAGCUGACAUCCCCCAAAUGUCGGAUGACAUCAGGAUGGCAGAAAUGGACAUAAGCGACGAGGAAGACUUUACACCUCCUGAUCCAGUUGCACUUGAAGAGGAUGAGGCAGAGCAGGAGCUGCAGAAACAGCUGGAGAAGCAGAGGAAGCUGAAGCAAAAACAGCUUCUCAAAGACUCCGGGGAGAAGGUGGCAGAGCAGAUUAAACAGCUUGAUAAAGGCAACAAUGACAAUGAUCCCGAGAAGAGGAACAACAUUGUUUUCAAUGCCACCUCCGAGUUUUGCAGAACUCUGGGUGAUAUUCCAACUUAUGGACUGUCAGGCAACAGAGAGGACCAAGAAGACAUAAUGGACUUUGAACAGGAAGAAGAGAAAGAUGAUGCUGGAGAUUCAGACUCAGAAAUGGAUGAGAAUGUUGGAUGGAGCACAGUCAACCUGGAUGAAGAGCAGAAACAGCCAGAUUUCUCCACAGCCUCUGCCACUAUUUUGGAUGAAGAACCCAUUGUCAACUCUGGCCUUGCUGCUGCCUUGCUAUUGUGCAAAAACAAAGGUCUAUUGGACACUCAAAUGCAGAAGGUAGCACGUGUCAGAGCACCAAAAGGCGCCUUGCCAAAUGACAACUACUGCAUUGAGGACAAGAUGGGUUUUGAUGACAAAUACAGUCGUCGAGAGGAAUACAGAGGCUUCACUCAAGACUUCAAGGAGAAGGAUGGCUAUAAGCCUGACGUCAAGAUUGAGUAUGUGGAUGAAUCUGGGCGGAAACUCACUCCAAAGGAGGCUUUCAGACAGCUUUCACAUCGAUUCCAUGGAAAAGGGUCUGGAAAGAUGAAGACAGAGAGGAGGAUGAAAAAGCUGGAGGAAGAGGCACUGCUCAAGAAGAUGAGUAGCAGUGAUACUCCUCUGGGGACUGUUGCUUUGCUUCAAGAGAAGCAGAAAUCCCAGAAAACACCAUAUAUUGUGCUUAGUGGGAGUGGGAAAAGUAUGAAUGCAAACACCAUCACCAAAUAAGUUUUGGGGAAAGUGAUUUAUCUUAUACACAGACAUGCUCUGUGCAUGCUGUUGUAUACACAUACAGACAGGAUGUUUUAAGUAAAGUAACUGCUUCAAGUUCAUGCCUACUUCAUAUAAGCUUUGUUGUUGUAGUUGAGAAUUGUCCAAUAAAAUUCAUACA